UUAUAUAAAAAAUAGUUUUUUAACAUAUCAAAUUAAAAAUGACCAGCAGCAACAUUAACAAAAUUAUACGCAGCAAUAUCACAUUAAAGCCGUGGAUACUUUCGAAGAAUACUUCUGAAAUUGUCAACACCUGUAUACAGAAAAUUUACAAACAAUCGCAAAACAACUUCAAGAAUGACCAGAAUAAAAUCGCCGCAGCGAAACCCGAGAACCGAGGACCCAUUCGUGCGCUCAAAAUGCAGGAACGCACUCGCAUACCGCUCAGUAUAAAUGUAACACGUAGCAAAAAAGGUGCUGCAGCGUCAAAUGCAACAGGUACGGGCAGCGCUACCGCGACAGCCGGUGCUAGCGGAGGAACUGCUGUUAAUCCCGCAGGUGAACGACUAGCCAGCAAUGCGGCAGCAAAUAAUCGCCGUGGCGCUGUUGCAAAUCUGUCUGCACAUCGCAGAUUACUGAAAUCUUCACCCAACUACAAGAUCUACGGUUCACGACGCUUCGGUUCGAGUGCCAGCAGUUCGAAUGCGAGCAUCUUUCGACGCAACGAAGAGCGACGCCGCACCUCUACACAAACCGCACAAUUAAACUACUUGUUGCGCACGUAUGCAACGCAAGCGAAAGAACGUAAAGCUUUCGCUACGAAUUCGAUUAUGCCGAAGUUCAUGGUAUCGGCGCGAAAUCAACACAUGGCUGCACGCGCAACCACUGAAUCGCUGCCGGCACACGUAAUACAAACAGCAUCAGCCAUACAGCGUGAUCUGAUGCCCGUCAAUAGUGUGAUAAAAGACCGCAUUGCACUCGGUCGCACGCGUUCCAAUAAAAUGGCGCUGCAAAAGCCUAAAAGCCAGGAUCCCAUGAGCGGUUGGCAUCACCCGCCAUCGCAGGAACUCUUCCAGUCACGCUUCAAUCAGCGCGGCAUCGCCAACACCGAAUUGCAGGAACAAUAUCGACGCAUGAAGACCGCCAGUAAGAUGCGUCAGUUCGAACAGUUGCGCCAAAUGGAAAAGCGUAAUGCCAUUUUGGGUAAUGUGGGCAAGAAACCGGCGCGUCAACACGUCUUGGAAGAGUUCGAAAACAAAAUGAAGAUUCCUACGUCGAACAAAUCGCCGCAUCAGGCUGUACGCCAUCAGACGCCGCAGUUUGAACACUCAUAUCUGGCACGUGUCACACGUCAGCAACAAAGCGGUCUAGCGGAUACGGAAACAACGGCAUUACAAACCGUUAGCGAUGCAGCAUCGACGCCCACAAGCCCUACGACGUCGUCUCAAGCGGCUAGCGCUGCACAAAACAACGCCUCCACAGCGGUACAAACAAUGGGCGAAAUGGGCUAUGCAACGAAUGAAGCAACCACACUCAGUGGCGCUGGAGCGGCCACCAGCAGUACGCCAGAUGCGCCAUUAAGUCUGCCAAUGCCUGAAAUUCCCGAACCGGAUGGUUCGGUAACCGUACAAAUCAAUUCUCCGCUGGCGAUCACCAAAAAAUCACCCACUUCGCAGUGGGCAGGCAAGGCUGCGCAACACCAAUACACAAUGCGUUUCAACCAUAGCGCACAUUUAAAAAAAUUUUGAGAGUGCGAAUGAAGACAGUUCUUCGAUAAUACCCCCAUAUGGAUGUGUCAGAUCAAGAGAUACUUUUAGGAAGUGUAAGACGAUGAUUAGCGAAUAAUAGGCUAUGAAUAUACACAUAUAUACAUCGGUAUAUAUGUAGGUGAAUAGAAGAACUUAGAGAAAGAGAAGGAUCGAUGCAUAGCGUGGUAAAAGUGAGGAAAGAGACCAAGAAACAAAAACAAAAUAAAGAUACAUAUACAGCCUUACGUCACGAUAACGCGCUCGCAUUGUUCUCACUCUCUUCUCUAAUGUUGGCUCAGCAAUUUGUUAUGCGUAAAUUUUCCAUUGAAAAGAGCAGACGGUAUAAAUUAAAUGUUCUCCAUUUGGUUAAUUAUUUAUUUUUUUAAUUUUUUGGUGCGAUAGUCAUGUAGUAAUGUUAGUAGGAAUGUGCUCAGGCUGAUCAUUUGAAAUGUUAACGAAAAAUUAUUAUACUUACAUUUGAUAUAAUCGCCGUAAAUUGAUAUGUGUUGUUG